AUGCCUGUGAACAGAUUAUUGUACCCGCUCUAUCAGCUGGGUAACCCACAGCUGAGAAUCUUCAGACCCAACUGGUUUCUGACACUUGUACGACCAGGAAAAGAGCAACCAACAGAUACUGUACAGUUCCGUGUUCCAAUGGACGCCGCGUCCUCAGCGUCUGCGUCCUCUGUCGGCGUGGAGACGAGUCCAGUCCUGUCACUCAUCACAUACUGCCCCCAAUGCGAGAGCCAGAGCUGGGUGUGUCCACUGCAGUGUGUGGCCCUGCUGGUGUCUCCUGAGGUUCCCUUACAGCUGGGCCUGGACAGCGGGGAGCAGAUCUGCCUCCAGUCACUGCCUAGUAUGGAGCGAGUGGCUCUUCAGUACACCGUGUGUGUGGGCCACAAUGUGAAGGCCGCUCAUCUGGAGGCAAUGCAACAACUGUCCCUUCCCAGCAGGGAGCUACCCAACCUGAAAACCAUGCUGCUGCCGUUUUGGAAGCUGCUGACACCUGUAGACUCAGGGCCGAAGGUGGAGAGAGAGCUGAGGAUCUUCUCCAACCGUCUGAAGAGGCACCAGCUGGGGGAGGCCGUCAUCAGCCUCAAUGAACAUUCCACCACCCUCCUUUAUGACCUGGACCAUGACUACCUCAGCAGCAGGAGAAGGGGGAUGUCUAAGCGACUGACCAGGGACUUCCCACUUGUCAAGCUUCUUAACAUUUCCAUCACCCUGUCCCCUUUCCUGGGCGUGGAUUCCACGCAAUUCCACUCUUCUCUCGUUGAUGGUACAGAAACUUACUGGCUCAGUGUACCCUCCAAUCCUCAAGGACACAUGGUGCCCAUUCUCAGUCAGUGGCAGGAGAAGUUUUGUGUGAAGCUGAACCUCACUAAUCCAUCCGCGGUCAGCUGGUUCCUGGACAGGGUGGGCUCUCUUCAGGCUCGUCUGGGGGUGGAGUACAUGGUGCUGGAGGGGGCAGAGGGGAGUGCUCUCGAGGAGCAGGCCCUGCGGACACAGUCCCUGUCAGGGGACAGAUAUAUCAGCCUCCUGGCAGACCUGGCCUCCAGAAUAGAGAACACCAUUGUGACAGCAGGGACACAGUCAAGCCACAAGCCUCUGUUUGUCAGGAUGACCCCCCUGCAGUCCGACUGGAGCGGUAUGGGGCUGAAGGGCAUUAUUCCCUCCUUGCUGCACCAUGCUCUAAUGGGAUAUAACUUCCUCAUUCCUGAUGCAGUAGGCGGCUCUCUGUCUGAAGACCUGGUUACAGAUGAGGAAUUGUUCAUCCGCUGGUUGGAAAUCGUAGCUUUUCUCCCAGUUAUCAGCUUCCACACCCCGCCGUGGAUCUGCGGGGAGGACCGGGUAGGCCUCUGCACACUACACCAUGUGCACAUUAGCAGCGAGACAUGGCGUGGCUCUAACCUGGCUCUGUGUUGGUUUCUCCCAUGUAGGCGUGGCUCUAACCUGGCUCUGUGGUGGUUUCUCCGUUGUAGGCGUGGCUCUAACCUGGCUCUGUGUUGGUUUCUCCGUUGUAGGCGUGGCUCUAACCUGGCUCUGUGGUGGUUUCUCCGUUGCGUGGCUCUAACCUGGCUCUGUGAUGUUUUCUCCCAUGUAGGCGUGGCUCUAACCUGGCUCUGUGAUGGUUUCUCCCAUGUAGGCGUGGCUCUAACCUGGCUCUGUGUUGGUUUCUCCCAUGUAGGCGUGGCUCUAACCUGGCUCUGUGAUGGUUUCUCUGUUGUAGGCGUGGCUCUAACCUGGCUCUGUGUUGGUUUCUCUGUUGUAGGCGUGGCUCUAACCUGGCUCUGUGUUGGUUUCUCUGUUGUAGGCGUGGUUCUAACCUGGCUCUGUGAUGGUUUCUCCGUUGUAGGCGUGGCUCUAACCUGGCUCUGUGGUGGUUUCUCUGUUGUAGGCGUGGCUCUAACCUGGCUCUGUGAUGGUUUCUCUGUUGUAGGCGUGGUUCUAACCUGGCUCUGUGUUGGUUUCUCCGUUGUAGGCGAGGCUCUAACCUGGCUCUGUGGUGGUUUCUCCGUUGUAGGCGUGGCUCUAACCUGGCUCUGUGUUGGUUUCUCCGUUGUAGGUGUGGCUCUAACCUGGCUCUGUGUUGGUUUCUCCGUUAUAGGUGUGGCUCUAACCUGGCUCUGUGGUGGUUUCUUCGUUGUAGGCGUGGCUCUAACCUGGCUCUGUGUUGGUUUCUCCGUUGUAGGUGUGGCUCUAACCUGGCUCUGUGUUGGUUUCUCCCAUGUAGGCGUGGCUCUAACCUGGCUCUGUGGUGGUUUCUCCGUUGUAGGCGUGGCUCUAACCUGGCUCUGUGUUGGUUUCUCCGUUGUAGGCGUGGCUCUAACCUGGCUCUGUGAUGGUUUCUCCCAUGUAGGCGUGGCUCUAACCUGGCUCUGUGAUGGUUUCUCCCAUGUAGGCGUGGCUCUAACCUGGCUCUGUGUUGGUUUCUCCCGUGUAGGCGUGGCUCUAACCUGGCUCUGUGUUGGUUUCUCCCGUGUAGGCGUGGCUCUAACCUGGCUCUGUGGUGGUUUCUCCGUUGUAGGCGUGGCUCUAACCUGGCUCUGUGUUGGUUUCUCCCGUGUAGGCGUGGCUCUAACCUGGCUCUGUGUUGGUUUCUCCCGUGUAGGCGUGGCUCUAACCUGGCUCUGUGGUGGUUUCUCCGUUGUAGGCGUGGCUCUAACCUGGCUCUGUGGUGGUUUCUCCGUUGUAGGCGUGGCUCUAACCUGGCUCUGUGUUGGUUUCUCCGUUGUAGGCGUGGCUCUAACCUGGCUCUGUGGUGGUUUCUCUGUUGUAGGCGUGGCUCUAACCUGGCUCUGUGUUGGUUUCUCCGUUGUAGGCGUGGCUCUAACCUGGCUCUGUGAUGGCGUGGCUCUAACCUGGCACUGUGGUUGUUUCUCCCAUGUAGGCGUGGCUCUAACCUGGCACUGUGAUGGUUUCUCCCAUGUAGGCGUGGCUCUAACCUGGCUCUGUGUUGGUUUCUCCCAUGUAGGCGUGGCUCUAACCUGGCUCUGUGUUGGUUUCUCCGUUGUAGGCGUGGCUCUAACCUGGCUCUGUGAUGGUUGCUCCCAUGUAGGCGUGGCUCUAACCUGGCUCUGUGAUGGUUUCUCCGUUGUAGGCGUGGCUCUAACCUGGCUCUGUGUUGGUUUCUCCGUUGCGUGGCGUGGCUCUAACCUGGCUCUCCUGCUGGACGUGUCUGGCCUGGACGCAGAGCCCUUGUGCACGGUCUCCACUCCCAAAGAGGUGUGGCUUCAGCUUCUGCACACCUCCUCUCGCCGCCUGUCGUCCGUGGAGCUACGGGAAGCAGCGAGGGACACUUCAGGGCUGCAGCAGGAGUACCAGAAAAUCCCUCCAAAUUUUGUCAGCUCGAUGGAGUUGAAUGUUCCUGGACACAUGAUGAAAGACCGCUACAAAACCAUUCUGCCCAACCCAGAGACUCGGGUGGUUCUGAAGAGUCCAGAGGAAGACCCAGGUCCAGACAGAUACAUCAAUGCCAACUACAUCCGGGGGUAUAAAGGAGCCCCGAGAGCGUUCAUCGCCACCCAGGGGCCCAUGGUGCACACAGUGGGGGACUUCUGGGACAUGGUGUGGCAGGAGCGAGCCUCUGCCAUCGUCAUGCUAACCCAACUCAAGGAGGAGCAGCAGGUGAGGUCCAGACCGGCCCCGGGGAUCCAAGAUGGCGGCCUGUUCAUGUCAGUGGCUCGUGCUCAGUAG